UAAUUUUUUUUAUGUAUGGAGAGAAUUCAGCGUCUCUACUUUUGUAAGCGGAAGUCGACUAACCACUGUAACGUCUACACUCCGUUUGUGUGUACGUUUCCUAAAGUGGACGAGGAUGUUAAUGGUCGGAGUUCAGGUGUAAUCAUUCUUUACCAUGGCAUAUUAUCGAGACUAAUUAAGCCAUUUACUUCAACUUCAAACAGUUUACUGCAGUUUCUACAUGUCAUCAUUGGGAUCAAGUUCCCCAGAAUGACCAAUUCACGACCCAACGAGUUUAUUCCACCACCGGAGUGCCCUGUCUUUGAGCCCAGUUGGGAGGAAUUUGCCGACCCUUUCGGGUUCAUCAACAAAAUACGUCCAAUUGCAGAAAAUACUGGCAUCUGCAAGAUCCGACCGCCCCCGGGAUGGCAGCCACCUUUUGCCUGUGAUGUGGACAGACUGCAUUUCACCCCACGCAUUCAAAGGCUUAAUGAGUUAGAGGCCCAAACCAGAGUGAAGCUCAACUUCCUGGACCAGAUAGCAAAGUUUUGGGAACUGCAAGGCUGCACACUGAAAAUUCCUCAUGUCGAGCGCAAAACCCUGGACCUGUAUGUGCUCUAUAAGCUGGUCAAAGAGGAGGGAGGUUUUGAUGUGGUCUGCAAAGAGCGGAGAUGGACUCAGAUCGCGCUGAGGAUGGGCUUUGCUCCCGGCAAAGCAGUUGGCUCUCACCUGCGUGCACACUAUGAGAGAAUUCUCUACCCUUACUACCUGUUCCAGGCAGGAGCUUAUCUUAUGAACUCUCAGAAACCUACUCUGACGAAUGACACCAAAGACCAGGAGUAUAAAUCCCAUGACCUGCCCCAGCGCCAGUCAGUGCAGCCAGUAGAAACCUGCAGUAUCGCUCGUCGAGCCAAGCGGACAGAGGGCCGCUGUUUUAAAUCAGAGCAGGGCGAGGUGUGUGAAAACAAGCCCAACCUGAGGAGGAGAAUGGGCUUGUGUGUGGCUAAAACAGAACCAGUGAAAGAAAUUCCAGUCCAGGUGAAACAAGAACCCAUUGAGCCAACAACUGAAGGUGAAAAAUCAAAGGUGGAGCAGUACAUAUGCUUGGUAUGCGGGGGUGGAGGUGAUGAAGAUAGACUGUUGCUUUGUGAUGGGUGUGACGACAGCUAUCACACGUUCUGUCUGAUCCCACCCCUCCACGAUGUCCCCAAAGGUGACUGGAGAUGCCCCAAGUGCCUGGCUCAGGAGUGUGGUAAGCCACAGGUGGCGUUUGGGUUUGAGCAGGCCUCCCGUGACUACACCCUCCGCACCUUCGGGAAUAUGGCUGACUCGUUCAAGUCAGACUACUUCAACAUGCCUGUUCACCAGAUGGUUCCCACAGAGCUGGUGGAGAAGGAGUUCUGGCGACUGGUUAGCACAAUCGAGGAGGAUGUCACUGUGGAGUAUGGGGCUGAUAUUGCUUCAAAGGACUUUGGAAGUGGCUUCCCUGUUAAGAAUGGCACCUUCAAAGUCUCACCGGAGGAGGAGGAUUAUCUGAGUAGUGGAUGGAACCUCAACAACAUGCCAGUGUUGGAUGCAUCUGUGCUGACUCAUGUCACAGCAGACAUCUGUGGGAUGAAGCUGCCAUGGCUGUAUGUGGGCAUGUGCUUCUCAUCCUUCUGCUGGCAUAUUGAGGACCACUGGAGCUAUUCCAUCAACUAUUUGCACUGGGGAGAGCCAAAGACGUGGUACGGUGCCCCUGGCUACGCUGCUGAGCAGUUGGAGAGUGUGAUGAAGAACCUGGCCCCAGAGCUCUUUGAGUCUCAGCCAGACCUGCUCCACCAACUGGUCACCAUCAUGAACCCAAAUGUCCUCAUGGACCAUGGAGUACCAAUUUACCGUACAAACCAGUGUGCUGGCGAGUUUGUCAUUACCUUUCCAAGGGCCUAUCACAGUGGAUUCAACCAGGGCUUUAACUUUGCAGAGGCAGUCAACUUCUGCACAGCCGACUGGAUGCCUCUCGGUCGGCAGUGUAUCGAGCACUACCGAUCUCUGAACCGAUACUGUGUUUUCUCCCACGAUGAGAUGACCUGUAACAUUGCCAACAAGGCAGACAGUCUAGAGUUGGAACUGGCCUCUGCAGUCCAGAAGGACAUGAGCUCCAUGAUUCAGGAGGAGAAGGAGCUCCGUGAGAAAGCUUAUAAGAUGGGCUUGUGGCACUCCCAGCAGGUUGACUAUGAUAUACUGCCAGAUGAGGAAAGGCAGUGUGCUAAGUGCCGGACCACCUGUUACCUGUCUGCCAUCACCUGUCCCUGUAGUCCUGACCAGCUGGUCUGUCUUCACCACAUUCAGGAUCUUUGCUCAUGCCCUGUUAGCAACUACACACUCAACUAUAAAUACACCCUUUCCGAACUGAACCCAGUGUUCCAGGCUGUGACAUCGCGUGCAGAAUCGUAUGAUGACUGGGCAUUUAAAGUUAACAAAAUUUUGAAAGCGAAUCAAGACAGUAAAAGUGAUUUUGAGGAGCUUCGCUCGCUGGUUGUGGAAGCAGAGAAGAAAAUAUACCCCGAGACUGACUUGCUAAAUUACCUGCGUCAGGUAAUCCAGAAUGCAGAGAGGAGUGCAUCCAUGGCCCAACAACUCCUCAAUGGCAAGAGACAGACAAGGUAUCGCUCUGGUGGUGGAAAGUCUCAGAAUCAGCUCACUGUGGAGGAACUGAGGUCGUUUGUCAAUCAGCUGUAUGAACUGCCCUGUACCAUUCGACAGGCCCCUUUCCUAAAGGCUCUUUUGAACCGUGUUGAACAGUUCCAGCAGCAGAGCUCCGAUCUCCUAGCAGAGGAUAUGCCUGGUUCCUCUGCCCUCCAAGGCCUCCUAGAUGAAGGUGCAGGCCUGGAUGUGGAGUUGCCUCAGCUGGCAGUGUUGAGGCAGAGGCUGGAGCAGGCCCGCUGGGUGGAGGCCGUUCAGCAAGCCAGUGAUCAGCCGGCCAGCCUCAGUCUAGACUACAUGAGGAGGCUCAUAGAUCAAGGGGUGGGCCUGGCACCGCAUGCCUGUGUGGAAAGAACCAUGGCCCGCCUGCAGGAGCUACUCACUGUCUGUGAACAUUGGGAAGAAAAGGCUCAUAACAUGCUCACUGCUAGACCUCGUCAUAGCAUUGACACUCUUGAAGCAGCCAUACAGGAAGUGGACAGUAUCCCAGCAUUUCUGCCCAAUUGUGUUCAGCUCAAAGACUGUGUCAGCAGGGCCAGAGAGUGGAUAAAGGAGGCAGAUGCUCUUCAGGUUGGUGGGCGUAUCCCUGUUCUCGCUACCCUGUCUGAACUAGUGUCAAGAGCCAGAGGUAUUGCGGUUAUGUUGGAGCCUUUGACCCGACUGGAAAGUUUAGUGUCUGAGGUCCAGGCCUGGAAGGAGAGCGCAGCUAAAACAUUCCUGUUAAGGAACUCAUCCCAUUCUCUCCUUGAGGUUCUUUGUCCUAGGUGUGAGACGGGGCCUCAGAAGUCAAAGUUGAAAAAAGCCAAGGAUGUCUCAUUACUCUGCAAGAAAGUUGAUGUAAAACUGGACUCUCUCUGUGACGUGGAAAGAGCGCUUUCUACAAGCAAAGAUACAGCUUCAGCAAUGGCCACUCUCGGAGACGUACGCCAGAAAGAAUUGGAAAGUUUGUUAGUCCUGAGGGCCUCAAAUGAGUCAAAGUUUCAGUCUUCUCCCAGCUGUUUGGCCCCCACAGUGUGCUUGUGUCACACCGUACCCGCAGGCCCAAUGCUUCAGUGUGAACUCUGUCGAGACGCCUACCACAGUGGCUGUGUGCCUGGGUUCAAGGACAUCAAGGCAGGCCAACCAUGGUUAUGCCCACUUUGCAAACGGUCAGAGAAACCCCCUUUGGACAAGGUGCUGCCCCUUCUUGCUUCCUUACAGCGGAUUCGGGUGCGGCUUCCGGAAGGCGAUGCCCUGCGAUAUGUGAUUGAGAGAACAGUGCGUUGGCAACACAGUGUGCAACAGGUUUCUCCUCCUACACAGCAUCCUAAUGGAAAAGCAAGACACAUUUCUGGAAUUGCAUCAUCUCCUAUACUCGAAGGGAGCAACAGUUCAUUCUACAUGCUACAGCCAUGUAUCCCUCUCGGUGGCCUCAGUUCUGAGUUGGAGGAGCUGUUGGUGGAAGGUCUGCUCCUGCAGGUGACUUUACCUGAACUGCAGCAUCUUUUUAGCAGCCUGCUCAACAGGUUUACCCCAUCUCAACACUCCCUGCAGAGUAGCGUACACGAUCACCAGUAUCACAUUGCCCAAGACAGAAGUCCACCUCACAGAAGUCCCCCACACAGCAAAGGACAGGAUGGAGUUCCAGAAACCAAGAAGGAACAUGAAAAGGUUGAGAAAAACAGCAAACGGCGUCUAGAGAAAGAGAACUUGGAAGGGCAACACCGAGACAAGAUAAAGAAGCCCAAGAAAAAGAAGCCUAAAAUGAACAAAGAAAGGAGAAGAGAGGAGAAAAGAACCACCUCCCCCUCCAACUCUCUGUCUGAUCCAUCGUAUUCAGAAGACUCCGAGGAGGAUUGGUCUGUGUGCUCAGCAAAACUAUGUCAACAGCCAGAAGGAAACGAGGUCAACUGGGUCCAGUGUGAUGGCAGCUGUAACCAGUGGUUCCACCAGAUUUGUGUGGGUGUGUCUGCUGAGCAGGCUGAGAAUGAGGACUAUAUCUGUGUCAGCUGUGCAAUAAACGAUUUGACAGAAUGAGGACCAAAAAAAAACAAACACAACAUUUUUGAAGGAUAUUCAAAAGGCUCCCCGUUUUGCACAAGUUACAGCACCAAGAAUGCACCUGAUAUCAUCCUCUUUUCAAACCCCAUUACUGAAACCCCCCUGCUCCCUUGGUGCUACUGCCUUCUUGAUAGGACUGUUAACAGAAAUCUGUAUGAAUCUUCUGUGCUUUUUUGUAUUUUUUAAGAUUUCCUUCUAUAACAUUUUUCUUCUCCAGAGAGCGUGAUGCAUAGACGUACCUCAGGGGUUUCCAUCCCAUAAAUGCAAAACAAUGGGGGACUUCGCUUCCCCCAUGUAUUUUUGUUUAUAUUUAUUUUUCCCCAGUCACUUUAGAAUUUCUAACAUGAGUUUAUCAAAUUACAUUAAUCUGGGCUAUUUACACCAAAUGAGAUUCGUUGGACUAAUCAAAAUGGUCUAAAAUUAUUAUCGGAACCCAUUGUUUUGGUACAUGUGUCGAAUAAUAAUAUAAAAUAUUAUUUAUUUUUCCCAGCAAUAACUUUUGGCUGGUUACCCUGAUUUUCAGUAGCUUGAGAUCUGCUUUGAUCUGUUGCUUGAUGCAUUAGAAAUGUUUGUACAGAAUCAAAUGUAGGUUGUCAGAUAAGAGAUGUAGCAGGCAGAAGAAGCUGUGUGAAAUACACUUUGUGACGUAUACUGUGGCUUUCUUUAAAAACUAAAAACAGAUCUUUCCGAUGUUAAUUCAUUUGUGGAAUAAAAUGGUUUGUUCUCACCUAUAAAUACAGAUCUGUUCUAAUUCUGCUGGAUUUCUGAAAUGUUAGGGAUAGUUAACACAAAAAUAAAAAUUCUGUCAUAAUUUGC